AUGAUGGUUCUAAAGAAUGCCUCUCGAUUCGUUUCGGACCAUACCAGUGACUUGGCCGAUAUAGAGAUUGUAAAUGGAAAUAAUUUGAUUGCGUUGAGAUCUUUUAAAUUAUUGAACCAUGAUUUGGAUUUAACGGAAACAGGUCUUCCUGUGUGUGGAAGAAAUAUCCUACUGAGUUGUCUUCCAGGUGUAGAAGAUCAAUAUUUUGAUCGGAUUGUAUUGUUGCACUCAUUUGAUUUAGAUGAUGACAUUUCGUGGAUUAGGUCUACCAUUCCUAAAUUUAGAAAUGAUUUGGUCAUUCAUCGCGUGUAUGCAAACAAGUACUAUCCAGACCUUGUCCAAGUGUUGAAAGAUAUGGAAAAUAAGGGAAUUACUAUUCACACGAUCAUUUUAUCCGAUUGUUACAAACAGUUUAAGGAACAUGAAAAAAAAGAACUUUUGAAGUUGAAAAGUCGUAUUGAUAUUUCCCAAUCAUAUUCCAGUGAUUCUAUCCCUCCUACUGACACAUGGACCCUAAAAAGUGUCAUUCAAUAG